AUGUCUGAUGAUGCUCUCUUGCAGGUCGGCAAGGCAUUGAGCUCACUCAAGCAGAAUGAACGCUUCCACGGGGUCUUGCAGCAGCCGUCAGUGGCGAAGGCCGUGCGGCACUGGGCAGGCAUAGACCGACUCGCCCCAGAGGAGUGUGAAGAUUGGCAAUCAGAUCCGCAGAUCAUGUUUGUUCUCGCCGAACUACGCCGUUUGGAGCAUUAUUGUCGACAAGCCGGAAUGAAGGUGCCACUGCACACGGUGCUGGCCUGCGAGGAUGAGCUGGCUUUGCCCGAUGGCAGGAGGUUGCGCAGUGGUGAACUUGUGGAACCCGCGGUUCAGACCACAGAAGAGGACUUGCCAGAUCUGCCGCCUGUCGAUCCUCGAUCAUGGAGGAGAACUCUUGUGUGGCAGCUCAUCACCAUGGUGUUGGCGGCAAUCUUGGCACGCAUAGGCGUCUGGUACCAAGAGGAAGAGUUUGCGAAGAUGCUGAACGCGACAAGCGCCGAGCUCUGA